UCUAUAUAUCUACCUCUCAUUACAAUAUUUUAUAUUGCAAUAAUGGUCGGAGUUAUGGCUCGGAAACCACUAAAUCACCGGAUUUUGACGUGGGACCACCGGGAUAUUGAGAUUUCCGGCGAGCCUGCGAUUAAUAAUUCCGAUACGGUUUUCAGCUUUUUGGAUGAAGAGGUUCAAAGUUCGUCACCGGAAAGUAUUAGCGAUGAUGUUUAUGUUAAUAACCGAGACGAUGAGGACGAUGACAACGAAAACAAAGAAAAUGUUGAAGAUAAUCAAUUUUGGGAAAAUCAACAUCAACUUUUACAAUCUGUAUUAUGCCGAACAACGUCGUUGGAAUCACAAAUCCGAAGCAUUACUAAAGAAACAAAGCAAUCGGAAUAUGGUUGCUCUUGCCGGAAAAUGGUCGGAGACGGCUGCCGGAACUGUCUGAUGAAAGAGGUGUCCAGUCGUUUACAAAAUGCUGGAUUUAACUCAGCAAUUUGUAAGUCUAAGUGGAAGAGCUCACCAGAUAUUCCCUCAGGUGAACAUACAUUCAUAGACGUGGUGGACAAUUCGAGCCUUAAAAAAGGAGAAGUGAGAAUAAUUAUCGAACUAAAUUUUCGAUGUGAAUUUGAAUUAGCGAAAGCAAGCGAAGGAUACAAUCGACUGGUGAAAUGCCUGCCAGAAGUGUUUGUAGGAAAAAUAGAGAGAUUAUUGUCAGUAAUAAAGAUUUUGUGCAAUGGUGCAAAGAAAUGCAUGAAGGUGAAGAAAAUACAUGUUGCACCAUGGCGGAAACAAAAGUACAUGCAAGCUAAGUGGCUUAAAACAGUUGAACGGACAGCAGCAAAUGUUAAAUUGCUGGUAUCAAACGCUGAAUAUACAAGUGAUCCACUGCCACGGCGGCCAAGAGCGUCGAUGCUUACAAUGGAUUUGUUGGAAUUUGUACCAAAUUUGCAUUGCACUGCAGUUAAAGUUGCCUGAAGG